UUCCCCCCCCCCCCCUCUCCCCUACAAUCUACCUCUCUAUGACCCUGUAAAUCUCUGUCACCUCUUUCCUAUCUAUUAGACCGGUCUUUUCCUGCUUUCGUCCUGGAAAUUCUUUGGAUUCAGUGUCCGGAAGCCAUCCCCAACCGCCGUCGCCAUUUCCGACUCGCCGACCGGCCAUCACCAACCAUGGCGUCCACCCAUCAUCCCCACUACCACCACGACACCGAAAGCCUCGACUACUCCUCCGACGGCUCCGACGAUGUCCCCUUCCUCCAGAACGCGCUGAAUCCGACCCGCCGGGUCAAACGAUAUACGCGCCCAUUGAUCGACUACGUGCGCAACGAAUGGCAAUCCAACACGAAAUACUCGUCGGGCUCGUCGCCCGACCGCUCAGAAACGCCCCGCUGGGUGCAGAUGGUCCUGUCCAUCGUCGCCGCCCCGCGCUUCCGUCGCUAUGCGAUCAUCUACACCGCCCUGUUUCUGUCCUGUCUGCUGGGCUGGCAGUUCGUGCUGUCGCCGCGGUUGCAGGAGCACUCGGAAUUGACCAAGUCGCUGAACCCAAACACAAAGGAGACGGUGGGCGGGUGGUACGGGACCAAUGCGCUCCCGAGCUUCGAGGGCGUCCUGCAGCUGAAGACGUUGGAUUCCUCGCUGCUGCCGGCGAAGGAGGCGCCCAAGCCGGGCGCGGGGAGCACGAGACGGUUGAUUGUGGUGGGGGACGUGCAUGGGUGCCGGACUGAGUUGGAACGCCUGCUCGAGGAAGUGACCUUCAAUGAAAAGACCGACCACCUCAUCUUCACCGGCGACCUGAUCAGCAAAGGCCCCGACAGCCCCGGCGUGGUCGACCUCGCCCGCAAACACUCCGCCUCCUGCGUGCGCGGCAACCACGAAGAUCGCGUCCUGCUGGUGCGACAAGAACUCUUGGAAAUGGACGCCAUGACGGACACGUCGGGCGACGAGUACAUGGACGGGCUGUCGACGUCCGGCGCUCAGAAGGAUCUCAAAUUGGCCCGCAACCUGACCGACGAGCAGGCGGAGUGGCUCGACGCCUGCCCCGUGAUCUUGAACGUUGGGCACAUCCCCACGAUGGGCCAGGUGGCCGUGGUGCAUGGCGGGCUGGUCCCCGGCGUGGAUUACGACAAGCAAGAUCCGUUCAGUGUGAUGAACAUGCUGACGAUCGAUCUGGACACUCACCUCCCGAGUUCCAGUCGCGAUGGAAAGAAGUGGACCAAGUUAUUCAACAAACACCAAUCCCUUACCUACAAGUCCACCAAGCACGCCGACGCCCAGGCCACCGACGCCCAGGCCACGACCGUCAUCUACGGCCACGACUCCAAGUCCUCCCUCAGCAUCACCACCUACACCAAGGGUCUGGACUCGGGCUGCGUCAAGGGCGGGGAGCUGACCGCCUUGGUCAUCGCCGACGGGGGCGAGCAGAAGGUCAUCCAGGUCCGGUGUAACAACUAUCUGGAGAAGUAGGCAGUUCUUGGCAAUGUCUUUGUUUGUUUGCUUCAGGGCGAUGCUCUCUUCUGUUUCUAUGUAUACAUACAUGGUUCUUCUGCUGGUCUGGAGAGGAUGUAUCAUUGGCUUUUUGGAUCGAUUGGGUAUGCAUAUGCAUGUGCACGGCGUUUUUCUGAGUUCCGGUUCGAAUUGGUGGAAUUAGCAUGGUUGAGUCGAAUCGAUGUAUUGUGUAUAUUUACCUGACCGUCGACUUAGAGUAUAAGACUGCGG